GUUUGCUGUCAUAUCAAGUUUGCUAGUCAAGCUAGCGUUCGUUACGUUGUCUUUCUCUUGAUCAUGAACUUGCUUUUAUUCUUUCUUCUGGCUGUGCAAAUACACAGCGUGGCGCCUGUGAUUCAUACGCUGAAGUGUUUCUACACUGCAUCCUCUGAAGUUACAAACUUCCCAGAUUAUGUAGAAGUUAUUUAUGCUGAUGAAAUUGAGGUAUAUUACUAUGACAGCGACAGCAGGACAGCAGAACGCAAACAGGACUGGAUGAACAACAUCACCGUAGAUGAUCCACAUUUUUGGCAGAGACACACAGACAAUGCUUUUAUUCGUGAGGACAGGAUUAAAUACUACACCACAUUUUGUAUGGAGAUCUUCAACCAAACUGAGGGUGUUCACAUUCUCCAGGUGAUGCCCGGCUGUGAAUGGGAUGAUGAGACUGAUGAGGUUAAAGGUUGGCUUCAGACUGCUUAUGAUGGAGAAGAUCUCAUGUCAUUGGACGUGAAGACAUGGACAAUGAUCCCAGCAAGACCACAAGCUGUCCCAAUCAAACGCAAGUGGGAAGAAGACAGGUUUUUACAGAACUACGGAAAGUUUUUCUACACAGUCCUGUGUCCUUAUUACUUGAAGAAUCUUGCGAAGUAUGGGAGGAAGGUCCUAAUGAGAACAGAGCUUCCAGAGGUGUUUCUCCUUCAGAAGACGCCGUCCUCUCCGGUCAGCUGCUUCGCGACAGGUUUCUACCCCGACAGAGCGGCCUUGUUUUGGAGGAAAGACGGCGAGGAGGUACACGAGGACGUGGAGCACGGAGAGAUCCUCCCCAACCACGACGGAACCUUCCAGUUGACAGUGAACCUGAACGUGGAGGUGACGGCCGACGUGGAGGGCAAGUACGAAUGUGUGUUUCAGCUGUCUGGCGUCGAGGAGGACAUGGUCACCAAGCUGGAGAGAAGAAGCAUCCUGAGCAACGCAAGCCAUGAAGACAACUGGAGCGUCGACAUUGCUGCCAUAGUGGGGGUCCUCGCUGUGGUGGUUCUUCUGGUGGCCAUCAUCAUCAUCAUCAUCAUCGUCAAGCGUCACAAGAACAGACAAGGUUGCAAAAGUGCAGCCGUGUUUGACUUGACUUUGAUGAGCUUCCAGCCAAACACUCAAAGAUCCACAGAGACAGAGCACACACUCUUACACAGAAACGGUGAGGAAAAAGUCCACAUCACCUUGUUUCUCUUUCAUUUCAGUCAACUACGAUCCAGCUGCUCGUGAUGGUGGCAACGAGCUCUCAGAGAGGAUGACGACUGAAAGCUGAGUGUGACACAGCAGCCGACACACAGUGAGUUAGCUCACAUGGACAUGGACUGGAACCCAGAGAGAUGUCUCCACCAAAGGGACUUUAGUCCACCGAGGGACAUCAUCGCACUUGGAGAUGAGAUGGAAAUGUGGUUUGUUCUUCAUCUAAGUGCUCCUCAUGUUACAGGAUGUCUUCUUGGGUGUUUAUGGCUUAGAAAACACUUUAUGAUCAAAUGUUUUUACGGGCUUUGGUGACGUUUCACUUGCUGCAAAUUAAGUAGUUGCACAUGUGGCUGUUACAGUCCACUUGCAUUGGUGACAAGUGGGGCAAUGACUUACCAGAUUUGACACAAAGGAUGUGGGGGCCAUUUUGAUAUUUUAAACUUCUAAAAAGGCUAAUCCAACGUAGAUAUGCUAAUAAUUUAUGUAUAAAACAGCUUUGUGUAGUGGUAAUGGUAAUGCUUGAGUUGAUUUGGAACAUGCACAACAAGUUACAUUGAAGUAGAUCACAUGUUUACAGUUACACAAUUCAAUGUCCGAAAAGGAGUCAAAAAAAGCAAAGCUUAUUUAAACCUAAAAUGGUUUAUUGGGUGAAAUGCAUUAUUUGCCAUUUUUGGAAUAAAUGGUUUGUGUGUUUUUUAUAACCAGCAUUGUAUAUUUACGACGGACUAUUAGGGCCACAUUGGGGAAAAAAACAGAGAUUUUGAGAGUUGAUCAAUUUCGAAAUUCCUAAAUUUACGAGAAUAAAAGUCGUAAUAUUACGGUACGUUUCAUCGUGUCCUACGUGUCAGAGGGAAAAUAGAGCAUAGUUCUUCAGGAAGGAAGGAAACGUUCCUCUUCCAAUCCCAGAGAACAAUGUAGAAUUUAGGUUGACUUUUCAACAUUUGAUCGUUGAAUCAAUGUGGGACUUCAAGGGUAUUUUUAUCACUUGAUCAGUUUGCACUCGCUGCUGACAUUGCAACAACAUUGAUUUCAUGACCAUAGAUCAACAUGAUUGAGUUGUAUUUCAACUAAUGUGAACAUUAAAACAAUGUUGAACUUUCAGUGUAACUAAGAAUCAAUGUGGUUUCAAUUAUAUUUCAAUGAUAAUGCCAGAAGAAAUAGGGCGAAUUUAAUACUGUUCAAUGCCAGCAUUUCUUUAAAAUCCUGCUUUAUCUACAGUCAGGAUGUUAUACACUGGUUUUAUCCUGUGUAGUAGCAGACACACACUUUUAUAACAGAAAUCAAACAGGUUUUAUUUCAUUUCAUUCAUUGUCACGCCUAACCCGUCACGUCCGGUCUGGCACACAGCGGAGCCACUCUUUCACUGCUUAAGCAAAGCCAUCAUCAGGCAUAGCAGUGCCAAGUUGUCGAGUGAGGGCAUUGACACAAAAGCACAAAACGUAAUAUACUUUCUCAGGCAUUUCCGAGAGCAGCUAAGAUGUUUGUGUAAGAGCACACAAUAGGUGACCCAUCCUGGAAGACUGACAAGUUGAAUAGCCAGCCCAUACUCAUAUCCUCCUACACCCCUUUGUAUGAGCUACAUUGCCGAGCUAUAA